AUGCCCAUCGCUCCUAUCACUGGCAAGCUCAGAAAGCGCUUCUGGCUCGACCUCACCGUCGCCAUGGGCCUCGGUGUCUCGUUCGGUUACGCUUUCUGGUAUGGCGUUCAUCUGAAGCAUGUGCAACGUCAUGAGGAGUACUACCUCAAGCUGGAGCGUCGCAGGCAGUUAGAGGCAUGA